AUGAACUUCUAUCAGGCAAACUUGGCCAUUUUGGCUCUGGUCAAUGCUUGUUUUUUCCUCUAUCGUCAUCGCCCUCGAAAUCACAAGCCGUGUCAUCGCAGCACCCAAGAGGACGAGCCCAAAGAAGUAAUUGCUGUCCGAUUUCAACGGCAAUUCCUCCUUGUCUACACUUUGGUGGUCGCGGCCGAUUGGCUUCAAGGACCAUACACCUACGCUGUAUACAAGUACGAAAAGCAGCUGGCAGAACAGACAGUCGCUCUUUUAUAUGCUUUUGGCUUUGUGUCGGGUGCUGCCAGCGCCCCUUUUGCUGGACAGCUCGCAGAUCAUUACGGAAGACGCACUGCAUGUGUUGCCUACUGUGUCUGCUACGGGAUUACAUGUCUGGCGAUGCUAAGCUACAAUCUUAAGAUCUUAUACGUUGGCCGAUUCUUCGGCGGGAUUGCUACAACUUUGCUCUUCAGUGUCUUCGAGGCUUGGAUGAUUACUGAAUACCACUUGUCGCGCCUGGAAGAAACCAGAGUUUCUCUCUGCACCGUCUUUGCUAGCAUGACAACCAUCAGCAGCAUCACAGCAGUAUGCUCUGGCGUGUUAGGAGAUGGUCUCGUUCAAUAUUGUGAUUCUUCGCUGGCACCGUUUCUGGCCAGCCUUGGCUGCUGCAUUGGGGCCGGCAUCUUCAUCUUGGCAGCAUGGCGAGAAAAUUAUGGCAGCACUGAAACUUGCAAAGGAAGCCCCGAAUCUCAGACGCUCAAACUUCGCAUGCUUGUAACAUUGGUCAACCCCCAGGUCGCAGCCCUGGUCUUUGCUUCGUGUUGCUUUGAGGGCUCAAUGUACCUGUUCGUAUUCUUCUGGCCGGCCGCCUUGGGGAGUGCCAGAGUAAAGUCAGGAUAUCAGGAUGAUCUCCCUCUUGGUCUCAUCUUUUCGAGCUUCAUGUGCGCAAUGAUGGCCGGAUCUAGCAUAUCGACGACUCGGAAUGCUUUAUUUUCGAACAGCAUAACAAUGGAUACACUCUCGUUCAUAUUCAUCAUAGCUUCUGCAGCGUUUGCCGUUUCAACUAUGCUUGGCCAUGAGCAUUUACUCUUUUGGGCCUUUUGUGUUAUUGAGGGUUGUGUUGGGAUAUAUUUCCCAAGAAUGGCACUCAUCAAAAGUAAUGUAGUCGAUGAUUCUGUGCGAGGUGGAGUGUAUAGCACUCUUAGACUACCACUGAAUAUCUUCGUGGUUGUUGUACACAGUCUCGAUCGUGAUGGUCAGGGUCCUUCAAAACCGUUCCACUUUCCCCGUAUACAAUAAUCCUGCUAACCCUUAGAUUAGGCGAUGAGCAUCGAAAUACUGUUUUCCUAGUGUGUUCAGGGCUCUUGCUCGCGGCGUUUCUCGUUAUUUCGAGGCAGACUUGAGGGCCAUGCCGUUAUUCAUCUCUGCUAGGAUCCGCUUUGAUAUCUGGCCUCAUUUGCUUCCUUUUUGGAAGGUGGUCCACAUGCCCACGUUGCUGCGAUUUGGCCCAGCGCUGGUUCGCUUUCAACCCACGUUUGCCGCCGUAUUAAUGCAUGUUGCCGUCUGUAUACAGCUUGGCCAGUACGAUGUUGGGGCCAGA